AUGUUGGACAAUUCAUCCUCCAACUCCACCUCUCAUUACUGGCAAAGUUUACGAGCAUGUUUCCCCAUCUUUGUUGCCAUCUUCCUCUGCUACAUCCUUUUUUUCCUCCCACUCCUCAUCUCUGUCUUGUAUGAGGGCUACCGUCGAUGGAGGAAACAGCACUCUGGCACCACAUCAGGAACGGCCAGCCACGCCGAUGUCUUCACCUACCACAUGGUUGCCAUGGAGCUGAUCAGUGUCUGUGGCUCUUGUUUCUACUGUUACGGUGAAAGCAGUAAUCAUAUGGUUGUGUUUAUGGUGGGAAUGUACUUAUGGUUCAUCAUUGUACCUGGGCAGAGUCUGUUUCACAUUCUUACCUGUGUGGAACGGUACCUGGCUGUGGUACACCCGGUCACCUACCUGAGACUUAAACAGUCCGGCGGGGUCAGGAUCAGGAACAUCACCAUUGGCUGUGUUUGGCUGAUAAGUAUGGUAGCCCCGCCUGUUUUUCUGUUCAUUCCCUUCUGUAAGAUUUUAUACAUCAUGUUCUUGCUCGUGUCCCUGAUCGUUGUCGUCUUCUGCAGCCUUCGAGUCCUCUGUGUUUUAAGACACCCUCGGCCAGGGGACCAGAGCGGGGAUAG